AUGAUGGCCACAACAUCAAAUUUAUUACUUCGAAAAGUGGGAACAUCAUGCUUCCGUUUAUAUUCAGCUGCUUCACCAAAAAUUACAACACAUUAUACUGUGCGUCCACGAGAAACCGACCAAAGAUGGAAAGAUAUAUCAAUGGAACGUUAUGAGGAUGUAGCUGACGUUGUAAUUGUUGGCGGUGGACCAGCUGGUUUAUCAGCUGCAAUAAAGUUAAAAAAGUUAGCAACUGAAAAUAACAAGGAACUAAGGGUUUGUGUGGUGGAAAAAGCUUCAGAAGUUGGUAAUCAUAUUCUAUCUGGUGCUGUUGUUGAUCCAAUUGCCUUGAAUGAACUAUUUCCCGAUUGGAAAGAUUUGGGUGCACCAUUAACUACCCCAGUAAAAGAUGAUAAGUUUGGGUAUCUCACUAAAAGUAGUCGUAUACCUAUACCUAUUUUACCUGGUAUGCCAAUGGACAACCAUGGAAAUUAUAUUGUGAGAUUGGGCCAUUUAGUAAAAUGGCUUGGUGAACAAGCCGAAUCCUUAGGUGUUGAAGUAUAUGCAGGAUAUCCUGCUGCAGAAGUCCUAUAUCAUGAUGAUGGUUCGGUGAAAGGAGUUGCAACGGGUGAUGUUGGAAUUGCCAAAGAUGGAUCACCUAAAGAAAGUUUUGAACGCGGUAUGGAAUUGCAUGCCAAAAUUACCAUAUUUGCUGAAGGUUGUCAUGGUCAUCUUACCAAACAAUUAUUUAAAAAAUUCAAUCUACGUGAAAAUUGUGCACCACAAUCAUAUGGUCUUGGUCUUAAGGAAAUAUGGGAAGUAAAACCUGAACAUCACAGUCCUGGAAAAGUAGAACAUACUGUUGGCUGGCCAUUAGACAAAAAUACUUAUGGUGGCUCCUUUAUUUAUCAUUUGAACGAAUCCACUCCUCUUGUUGCUGUUGGAUUUGUUGUUGGACUUGAUUAUAGUAAUCCAUACUUAUCUCCUUUUAGAGAGUUUCAGAGAUUUAAACAUCACCCUCAUGUCCAACCUUUGUUUGAGGAUGGUAAAAGGAUUGCGUAUGGUGCUAGAGCUCUUAAUGAAGGAGGUUUUCAGUCUAUUCCAAAACUCUCUUUUCCUGGUGGUGCUUUAAUUGGUUGUACAGCUGGAUUUUUAAAUGUACCAAAAAUCAAAGGUACUCAUUAUGCAAUGAAAUCUGGCAUGCUUGCUGCCGAAUCAACUUUUGACACAAUAUUUAAUACAUCUGUAACAAGCGAAACUGCUGGCUUGGAACCUAAAGACUAUGAAGAAAAAGUAAAAGGCAGUUGGAUAUGGUCAGAUUUGAAAGAAGUAAGAAAUGUUCGACCAUCUUUCCACACAAAGCUUGGACUAUUUGGAGGUAUGGCAUAUUCUGGAUUUACACUUGCUGUUAAAGGAAAGGAACCUUGGACAUUAAGCCAUGGAGUUCCUGAUAAUGAGAGACUGAAAACAAAGACUGAAGUUUCUGUUAUCGAUUAUCCAAAACCUGAUGGAAAAAUUAGCUUUGAUAUUUUGUCUUCUGUUGCAUUAACUGGCACAAACCACGAAGGAGAUCAACCAGCCCAUUUAACAUUAUUGGACGACUCCAUUCCUGUAAACACAAACCUUAAUCUCUAUGAUGGUCCAGAAGGCAGAUUUUGUCCUGCAGGUAAAACUAUUUGUAAUUUAACAAUACAUAGAUUUAACUGA